AUGGCUGUUAAGAAACGUUUAACUUCCCAAACGAAAAAAUCAUCAUCUGAUGUGGACGUCGAUGAUCCACGUUUCAAAUAUAGUAAGAAACAGGGCAGCAGCUAUGAAUAUGUAGCUGAGAGAUGGCUGAUGAGACCAUUUCCUGAUAGCCGAGGAAAAUACAAGCUCUGGUUAUUUUUGGUUACAACAAUUGCAUUUGUGGCAAGAUUUUAUUUGAUCUGGUAUCCUAAAGAAGUUGUUUUUGAUGAAGUCCAUUUUGGUAAAUUUGCCUCUUACUACUUGGAGAGAACCUUCUUCUUUGAUGUCCAUCCACCUUUUGCCAAAAUGAUGAUUGCAUUCAUCGGUUGGUUGGCCGGUUACGAUGGUUCAUACAAGUUUGACGAAAUCGGUGAAAGUUAUGUCAGUCACCCAGCUCCAUAUCUGGCAUAUCGUUCAUUUAACGCUGUGUUGGGUACUUUGACAGUUCCUGUGAUGUUUAAUACCAUGAAAGAAUUGAAUUUCAGAGCAAUCACUUGUGCAUUCGCCGCACUUCUAGUGGCUAUUGAUAAUGCUCAUGUCGUUGAAACAAGACUUAUCCUACUAGAUGCAAUUUUGAUUUUCUCUGUGGCUUUAACUUUCUACUGUUAUGUCCGUUUUUACAAAUCUCAACUAAGAGAACCAUUCUCUUGGAGUUGGUAUAUGUGGUUGCACGCCACUGGGCUAUCAUUGUCAUUCGUCAUCUCUACAAAAUAUGUGGGUGUUAUGACUUAUGCAGCUAUUGGGUCUGCUGUCGUUCUUAACAUUUGGCAAUUAAUGGAUAUUCGCGCCGGUCUUUCGUUGCGGAAACUGAUCUCUCAUGUCGUUAAAAGAUUGAAUGGUCUUGUAUUUGCUCCAUUUGUUGUCUACCUAUUUUGGUUCUGGGUCCACUUUGCCAUUUUGAGCAAAUCAGGUCCUGGUGACGAUUUCAUGUCAGCAGAAUUUCAAGAGACUUUAGGUGAUUCUCCCCUAGCAAAAGAUUCAAAACAAGUUAAUUUCAAUGAUAUUAUAACCAUCAAUCAUAAGGACACAAAUGUGUUCUUGCAUUCGCACUUGGCCCACUAUCCUCAACGUUACGAAGAUGGCCGUAUAUCAUCACAAGGUCAGCAAGUCACUGGUUACUCUGCUGAGGAUCCAAACAACGAAUGGGAAAUCAUACCAACUGUUGACUUCCCCUCACCCAAAGGUAACCCUGUUCAUUUAAAUGAACCUUUCAGAUUAAGACAUGUGUUAACGAACACAUACCUUUUGACUCAUGACGUUGCAUCCCCACUAUAUCCAACAAAUGAAGAAGUAACAACAGUCUCAGAGGAAGGUUUGAAUGAUGAUAAUUACAAACAAACUAUAUUUACCUUCCAGUCUUUGAAGAAAGAUUCCAAGGCUGUGGUCAAAACCAAAGGUGUUUUUUUCCGUUUAUUCCAUGUGGACACUGCAGUUGCGCUUUGGACUCAUAAUGAUGAGUUUUUACCGGAAUGGGGGUUCCAACAGCAGGAGGUUAACGGAAAUAAAAAGAUCGUUGAUUCUGCAAACAACUGGGUUGUUGACAGCAUUGUCAACCUCGAUGAAGAUAGAAAAGGGUUUUCUCCUAGGGAGGUCAAGAGCCUCCCUUUCUUCACCAAAUGGACUGAGCUGCAAAGAUUGAUGUUUGAACAUAACAACAAGCUGUCCUCUGAACAUCCAUUUGCUUCUCAACCAUACUCAUGGCCAGGCAGUUUGAAUGGUGUUUCUUUCUGGACGGAUGAUUCUGAAAAGAAACAAAUUUAUUUUAUUGGCAACAUCAUCGCAUGGUGGUUGCAGGUUGUUUCUUUGGCAUUGUAUUUCGGUAUUAUGCUUGCUGACGUGUUAACAAGAAAGCGUAGCUAUUUUGCCUUGGGUAAAAUUGCAAGAGAGAAGAUUUACGGUCCACUAUUGUUCUUUGCCGUUGCUUGGGCUUGGCAUUAUUUGCCAUUUUAUCUGAUGGCCCGUCAAAAGUUCCUGCAUCAUUAUCUUCCAGCUCAUUUAAUCGCUUGCUUGUUCACUGCCGGUUUAUGGGAGCUUGUAUUCAGUGAAUGUAAAUCAUUGGAUCCAGAAACGGAUGAAGAAGAGGCCGAGGCUCAAUUCGAAAUGAACCCCGAAAUCAAAUAUAAAGCGUUGUGUGCUUUCUUUGGUGUUAUGACAAUUGCAAUGUUUUCUUUUUUCAUUUAUUUUGCUCCAUUCACUUAUGGAAAUGUUGGCCUUACCCCAGAUGAAGUCCAAAACAGAAAAUGGCUAAAUAUGGAGUUAAACUUCGCAAAAUAA